AUGGAGGAACCAAAGCGUUCAAAGCGACUUCGCUCCAUGGACCCUAAUCAAGCCUCAGGUGGGCGUCCUACAGAGCCAGGCUGCUCUAUUGUGGACCGUGAAGACUCCGUGGAAGCAGAUGGGCCCGCAGAGCCAGCCCAACCUGCAAAACGGAUUGCUUACGUGAAACCCUUGAGACGGGAGCCCCCAGCUUGCACAGAGUUGGCUCCUCCUACAGAGAGAGGCCAGAGGCGGGGAGGAAGCCGGCGGGUAGGGCGAGGGCGAGGGCGAGGCCGUGGCAGAGGGAGUGGGCCCCGCAGGGACGCUGGCCAGGGACAGGGGGCAGAACACUUGCUGGGACCAGACAUGCACAUCCAACUGCACCACCAUGGAGAGCCAGGCCACCAGGGGGAACCGGAAAUCAGGCAGACCUCAGCCUUCUCUUUUCCUGAAACAGCUCCUGUCCCUGGAACUGUGCAGGAAGGCCCUGGCCCUGAUGUGGCCCAUCCUGAGGUGGGGCGUCAGGAGCCGCCCCCUGCCUCUGAGCCUGAGGCUAUCAACGGGCAGCCCAUGUUGACCCUCUAUCCCUGCAUCGGGUUUAGGGCUCUGGGUGGCUCAGCUGUUUUACAGGUCAUUCAAACCCCCAACGGCACUUAUGUGCAAGGGAUCCCAGUGUUCGUCGCCGACAUUGUAUGGUGGCGUCUAUCUGUCACCCACAUUGUUCCCAGCCUCCCUUUCUUCCACCUGGACUUUCCUCCACCCCCAAACUCCAGCCCCAUUUCUGCUCCACUCCUCCCCUCCCAUCCCAACCGAAGCCCUCACCUUGUGUUGUCAGGAUGGAACCUCCACACCCUCCUCCCAAGAUCCUGACAGUAUUCCAUCUG